AAAAAAAAAAAAAAACCAACUCUACAAUCUAACACUAGGGCUUUCUCAGUCAAAAACUCCAUACAUUUUUCGUUUCACUCACACUCACACACGCCAAUUCGAAUCUAAAUUUCGCAUUUUCUCUCUCCUCUUCUUCGUGCUCGAAUUGCAGAAGCUCGUUUCAGUCACUGAUUUAAGGUUGUGGCUAGUUGGUGACUACAAAUUACGAUUGAUCGAGUUGCUAGUUGAGCAUUGGAUUUUCUGAGUUGUGACUGAUUGUGUUCAGGUUAAUUUUUUAGUUUCUUUUCUACUUCAUUGCACAUCUUUUGGGGUUCUAUUGAUCGGGCUGGGGGAAGGUUUGAUUUGACAAAGAAGAAUGAGAGGAAGAAUUGGGUUGUUUCUUAAUCCUAGCAGUGUAGGAAGCACAACGAUUGGGAGGACUAGUAAAGUUGUUUCUUGUUCUUCCUUUUCCUCAUCUUCUGCUGGGGAUGGCUCUGGAGGAGGUCGAGGCCGUGGCCGAGGUUCCUCCGGUUCACCUGUAUUUAAUUUUGUGGCCAGCGAUCCCGGAGAAGCACAUUCAAAUGAGGAGCAAUUCCCUUCUGCUGGUCGUGGUCAUGGCAGGGACAAACCCCUACCUUCUACCCCAUAUCUUCCUUCCUUCAACACAUUUGUUGCUCCCAACCGACCAUCACAACAACCAGGUUUAAGUCGGGGUAGAGGUGGUUCGGUCCAAUACUCGCCCGAGGCAGGAAAUGAGCAGGGAUCACAAUCUAAGAGCCCCAUAUUUCUUAAGAAAGAUGAAGUGACGGGCACGAGUUCUGAAGCUCAUAUUGUUGAUUCUGUACCUCGCCAACCUAUUGGAGAGAAGGUUCUUCCUGAAAAUAUAUUGACUGUGUUGACAGGAACAGGGAGGGGGAAACCUGAAAGGAAGCCAGUGUUUGAAGAUAGGGUCAAGGAAGAGAAUAGGCAUCUCAGGCCAAGGCAAGUUGGUGCUCCUGCCAGUGGGGCUGGAAGAGGAGGAGAGAGGGUUAAGAAAGGUGACCCUGCUUCUGCAGGUGGAAAGCCUAAGCUAAGCCGUGAGGAGGCAAUAAAGAAAGCAGUUGGCAUCUUGUCCAAGAGUGACGACGGAGCAGAAGCUGGACGUACUGAGGGAGGACGUGGUCGGAGGCGAAGAAGAUCGAAAGAUGACACAGACGAUGAGGAAGAUAAUGGGGUUGAUGCACUUUUCGUGGGUGAUAAUGCUGAUGGUGAAAAGUUGGCGCAGGAACUUGGUCCUAACAAGAUGGCUGAACUGACAGAGGCAUUUGAAGAAAUGACUUAUGAUGUCUUGCCUGAUCCUGCUGAGGAUGAGUAUCUUGAGGCACUUGAUACCAAUCUUAAGAUUGAAUUGGAGCCUGAAUACUUGAUGGGAGAUUUCGAGACAAAUCCCGAUAUUAACGAUAAUCAACCUAUUCCUCUACGCGAAGCUCUUGAGAAGAUGAAGCCAUUCCUGAUGGCUUAUGAGGGAAUAGAGAGCCAAGAGGAGUGGGAGGAGGUUAUGAGGGAAACAAUGGAGAAUGUGCCUCUUUUGAAAGAGAUUGUGGAACAUUAUUGUGGGCCUGAUAGUGUAACUGCAAAGCAGCAACAUGAAGAAUUGGAGAGAGUUGCAAAAACUCUUCCUGCUAGUGCACCUAGUUCGGUGAAACGUUUCACUGAUCGUGCUGUUCUCUCGCUCCAGAGCAACCCUGGCUGGGGAUUUCAUCGGAAGUGCCAGUUCAUGGAUAAGUUGGCGCACGAGGUUUCCAAAUCUUACAAAUGACAGAUUAUUGAGGGUUAAUCUAUAGUUUGCAUUCUUCAACAAAGAGCAUGUUGUAGGUAUAUGUUUUUUUUCCUCUACUGAAAAAUCAGAUUAGUUCAGGAUCCUUUUUUCUUCUAAAAAGGCAGAUUAGUUUAUGAAUAAACACCUCCAUCAUCGACAACUAGAAGGAAUUUUUGCACUCUGGUUGCAUCUUUUCAAUGUUAGUAAGCCCCUAUAUUUAGAGGGAAUUUUUGUCAA